UUUCACUCCUGCACUCCAUAUUUUUUUUUAAAACUAUCCCCUAGCGUUCAUCCUCAACAUAUCGCUCUCAAUUAGCAGCCCCUUCAUCUCCAUAUCAUAUUCCCUUCACCAUCCAUUUUUGCUUGUUUGAUCUUCACCUUCUAACUGUUUGGAAUGUUUGUUUGAAGUCAUUUAUUGGUCAUUUAUUUCUGUAUUGCACAAAGUGUGUGAAGAGUUUGUCUCUCUUCCCUUGAUGCUGAAGUCUCUGUUCUAUUUACCAGAGGAACUUUAGCAUUCGAACCCAAGUUUGGGCUGCGGAAGAAUGCCUUACAAGAUUUACUUCACUACAGCAAGCGAGACGCCUGUCCCCCCCGUAUUCAGGCUCAAGAGAAGUUGGGGGGCAAUAAAGUAUGCAGAUGGUGGCAAUGAGAAUGACGCAGCAUCGCCCUCGGUUGUUGGUCAGCCCUUCUUCGACGAAGGCACACUGCAUCCUGCUCAAAGGAUAGAGAUUCUAGAGGGAUACUCCAGCGACAUAUCCGAGACUGACUCAGUACACUCAGAUGACUCUGCCGACUUGGAGAUCAGAGAGCCGGGAAACGAGCCUCCUACGUACAGCGUGAGCCAUCCUUGGGAGGUUGUGGAUUACCACUUGUACCUCUGCUCCGUUGAAAGGGGGAAAGACACACAUGCGCGACGCAAUGGGAUGUUCGUAUAUGACGGUAUUGAUUGUCGCCCUGUGUAUUACAGUGAGCUAUUGGAAGAACGUGCUUUUGAGCCAUGUACUGUUGGUGAAGAACCUCAGUUCCUAUUUUGGAACCUUCCCAUUGCCGAUUUGGGGCCUUCCUUCAAUGGCAGACACUAUGUCCUGGGAUUUGACUAUAACAACCAAGCCUUAUUCGCCCGCCAUUUUGAGUGGAUGCCCAACAAGACCGAUGAUCUUUGGUGUGUGUGGGACCUUGGGUUCACCAUGUACAGUAUCACCAUACCGGAUCUCAUCAUUCUUCUAGAGUCUGGGCUUUCUGAGGAUGUGCAUGUUGGCAUGGGAAUUCUUAGCUCAAGCCCUUAUUGCAUAGCCAUGGGAUCGUGUGAUGAUCCGGGGAUGGAGCUCGUCAUUACUGUUCUCUUCUGCCAGUGGGUACUGGACUUCGCGGAGGUUAUCUUCGAGCAGGACGGAAAUAUCAUGGAAAGAUUCAAAGAGAGGCUCACCCGCUACAUGGAAGAAUGCCGUAUUAUCCUGGCACGGGCCUCGUAUAGGGCAUGGUUUGUUUCACAGGGCGACUAUACGAAGGCAACUUACCAGCGGAACUCAUCUAUUGGCAAGUUCACUAGCGACCUUUUCACCUUUAGCAAGUCCGUAGAAGAUGGCAGCUUGAAGACCCAGUCUUGGUGUGCACCAGGCUUGGAUACUUGCAACAUGCUCCGUCACCAGGACCGGGUCCAGAGAAAGGCAGAGACGGAGCAACGACUUGAAAGUCUCUUCACCAUUCCGGAGGUUGACGCACCCCCCGAAUCUCCAGAGGAGGUUCUGGGAGGGAUGGUAGCCAGGUCCAAAGGGAGUCUAACUGCGUCGUGCCCCGCUAGAACUCCCAGAACUCCACCCCUAUCUAAGUAUGAGUCGAUUCCUUUCUACCGCUGGAGUUCAAUGUCUCCCGAAGCCGUUAAAUUUGAGGAUGAAGCGUACAAUGGGCUCGAAGAGACCGAGUACCACAAAACCCCACUUUCUCUCCUCCUGAAGCAGAUUCUUGGCCUAAUCGAGACCCGACCCGAAUUGGAUUGCCUUGAAAAUCGUGCUCAUUUUGGAGGGCUGCUGAGUGCACUUGGAAUGGGGCUCCAACAAAGGCCGUAAAUGGCUCGGUUACUCCAGAGUUGGGUCAAGAGAGCGACAAUUGGAAAAUAGAAGUACACUCGAUAUUGGAGCAAAAAGCGCGGAUGACCCAUUGUCGUCUUCAUUCCAGCCUGUUACUCGACUAAGUCAUGCUCUGCAAUGACCUCACGGGCAUAUUGCUGGUUGAAUCUAAAAAUCUUUGGAUUUUCAGCUUUGAGGGGCCAUGUUGGUUGCGUUAGCCUUGUUAUGCUUGUUCGGCCCGUUCUCUUCUUCUUCUUCUUCUUUUUUGAGUGUGUGUUCAUUGCUUCCCCGAAC